UUGACGCCUCCGUGCUUGUCUCUGCUGGCGCUAGCCCCUCCCCCCUGUGACGUGCGCGUACUCGGUCCCGUAGUCCCAGGUUCACACGCUCGGUUUGGUUCCGUCGCUCCUUAUUAAUUAACCCUUACGCCGCGGCUGCCUUUUCGUAAGCGGAGCAGUUACGGGGCCUGUGCAAGUUCCGAGGGUUCCGGGAUGGCCGCCAUUUUGUGAAGAGCGGGCCCAGUUCGGAAUAACACUGCCGCCGCUGCCCCCGGGCCUGUGACCCCCCGCCCCCCCCGGGAGGAACAGGCUGGGGGCGGGGGAUUGCUGGAGUCGGAGCUGCAAGGGCUUCUGGGAAGUACAACCGGGCCCCCGGCUCAGCUGACAGGGAAACUCGAGGGAUUCCCAUGGGAAGACUGUCUCCCUGAAUGUACAGCAGCAAUCUGGUUCCCAUCAUGGAUGAGCAGCAGGCUCUAAACUCGAUCAUGCAGGAUCUGGUUGUUCUGCACAAAGCCAGCAGGCCUGCUCUUUCCCUGCAUGUACCCGGCAGCUCAAAGUCUCCAAAAAAAACAGAAUGAUGUUCGUGUCAAAUUUGAACACCGAGGGGAGAAGAGAAUCCUUCAGUUCUCCCGACCAGUUCUACUGGAAGAUCUCUACGCUAAGGCCAAAGUUGCAUUUGGGCAGUGCAUGGAUUUGCACUACAGCAAUAACGAGCUGGUCAUUCCACUGAAAACACAGGAUGAUUUGGACAAGGCUGUUGAGUUGCUGGACAGAAGUGUUCACAUGAAAAGCCUUAAAAUCCUGCUGGUACUUCCUGGUCACACAGAGACUGACACCCUGUGUGAUAUGGAACACAUGCCCUCUCUGGAAGAUCUGGAUAAUUCAGUAUUUGCAACCUUGGACAAGAAAACCAAGACUUCAGGUAUUGGCGCUCAGACCAGGGACAGAAGUUCCCCACCCCCAGGGUACAUUCCAGAAGAUCUGCAUCAGGUUGUGCGCAACGGAUCGUUUACAAGCAUCAACAGUGAAGGCGAAUUUAUUCCCGAAAGCAUGGACCAAAUGCUUGAUCCCUUGUCCCUCAGCAGCCCUGAAAACUCAGGAUCUGGAAGCUGCCCAUCACUUGAUAGUCCCUUAGAUGGAGACAGCUACUCCAAGUCCCGCAUGCCUAGAGCUCAGAGCUAUCCCGACAACUACCAGGAGUUUUUAGAGUAUGACAUUCCAGUGUUUGAGAAAUUUGGGAAAGGCGGCACCUACCCACGAAGGUACCAUGUGUCUUAUCAUCAUCAGGAUUACAAUGAUGGGCGUAAAACCUUUCCAAGGGCCAGAAGAACUCAGGGUAACAGCUUCCGGUCGCCCGUCAAUUUCAGCCCCACUGACCACUCGCUGAGCACUAGCAGCGGGAGCAGCGUCUUCACCCCAGAAUAUGAGGACGGCCGUCUAAGGAGAAGGGGAAGCGACAUAGACAAUCCAACCCUGUCCGUCAUGGAUAUCAGCCCACCCAGCAGAUCUCCCCGUGCACCAUCCAACUGGAGGCUGGGAAAGCUGCUGGGCCAGGGUGCAUUUGGCAGAGUUUACUUGUGCUACGAUGCCGAUACUGGUCGAGAACUGGCUGUUAAACAAGUGCAGUUUGACCCUGACAGCCUGGAAACGAGUAAGGAGGUGAAUGCACUGGAGUGUGAAAUUCAGCUGCUGAAAAACCUUUUGCAUGAAAGAAUUGUACAGUAUUACGGUUGUCUGAGAGAUUCGCAGGAGAAGACUCUGUCCAUAUUUAUGGAAUACAUGCCGGGGGGAUCUAUAAAGGACCAGCUGAAAGCUUAUGGAGCACUUACCGAAUUUGUGACCCGGAAAUAUACCAGGCAGAUCCUGGAGGGGGUUCAUUAUUUGCACAGUAACAUGAUUGUACACAGAGAUAUUAAAGGAGCCAAUAUCCUGCGCGACUCUUCGGGCAAUGUAAAACUGGGAGACUUUGGCGCCAGUAAGCGGCUGCAGACUAUCUGUCUCUCUGGCACUGGGAUGAAAUCCGUCACGGGGACCCCUUAUUGGAUGAGCCCAGAAGUCAUCAGCGGAGAAGGUUAUGGUCGAAAAGCAGACAUCUGGAGCGUGGGGUGCACUGUCGUGGAAAUGCUGACCGAGAAGCCACCGUGGGCCGAGUUCGAAGCCAUGGCUGCCAUCUUUAAAAUCGCCACGCAGCCCACCAACCCGCAGCUGCCGGCACAUGUAUCAGAGCAUUGUCGGGAUUUCCUCAAAAGGAUUUUCGUAGAAGCCAAAGUGAGACCCUCGUCGGAGGAACUGUUGCGGCACACGUUUGCCCAGUAUCACUAGCGGCUUCCCUCGAUUUCAGCUCUUCCGUUGCUGCUUUCCUCUACUUCCAAAGGUGAUGGCACUUUAUCCCAACAGCAGAAUGACAAGAGAGGUCUGUGCAAUUCUCUCGAUACCAUUAUUCCCCCCCCUCAUCUGGGAGAGCUGGUGACUUGGUUUAGUCCGUUUUUUUGGAUUUGGACUCCGUUUGGAACUUUAUACAAGGUACUGAUUGGAUUCUCCCAGAGAAAGCACUUUAUUGCAUUUUCAUUCUCGAUGGUAGUGAAGGAUGUCUAUCUACACAAGGCAGCUCCGUUUAUCUCCAGGCACCUGGUUUGGUCGAUGCUGGCGGGACAGAACUGGUUCUUUUUUCUUUUCUUUUUUAAAUCAACUUUUCAGUCUGACCUUCUCGAGUUAUGACCCUAAACCUCUCGUGAGUAAUCUGGAAUCCUUGUGCUACGUGACAGCUGUUCAAGAAAAAAAAAACAAGCCAAGAAAACCUGGGCCUUUAAACCCUAAAAAAAAAAAAAAAAGUUUUAUUCC